CCUGCUAAAUGCUACUAAUUGCUAAAGGCUAAAGCAAAGGCACAAUCCAAACAGGGCCUUAAAUUUGACGCAGGAAGGCGAGUCCGGAAAUCACCGUACUUUAGGCAAACGCAACUGAAACAGACAGAACGCACUCGAUGCGAAACUGAAACGGGCGUUUGCGUUUGCGUUUGCGUUUGCGUUUGCAUUGUUGUUGCUGUUGCUGUUGCUGCUGUUCCUAUCUGUUGCUCUGAAAUCUGAAUUCAAGAAAUAAAAAAUAAAAUAAAAUAGCAUAACAUGGCCCAGGAUUCUGAGAAGAGAUUCCAUUCCAUCAUGGACAAGCUCUUCCAUCCUCCCAAACCCCCUUCAGCCUCCAGUUCAUCUGGAGUGCAGUUACCAGGGAGUAGUAAGAAACGUCCUUACCAGUCAGGGAUAAUGGAGUUGAAUUGGAGAGGUGACGUUGCUGAGGGACAGCAGUCCUCCUCAGCUGCGACCAUGGCACUGCAGGGAUCGCUCUGCCGACCGUGGGAUCGUGGUGAUUUUAUGAGGAGAUUAGCCACAUUCAAAUCUAUGUCAUGGUUUGCUAAACCAAAGGUAGUUAGUGCUGUAAAUUGUGCUAGUAGAGGUUGGAUCAAUGUGGAUAUUGACACCAUAUCUUGUGAAGCAUGUGGGGCACGUCUUCUUUUCUCUACUCCAGCAUCUUGGAAUCAGCAACAGGUGGAGAAGGCAGCAUUGGUCUUUAGCUUAAAGUUGGAUAAUGGACAUAAAUUACUUUGCCCAUGGAUUGAUAAUGCCUGCGAUGAAACACUGGCACGAUUUCCUCCUGCAACUCCUCCAGUAUUAGUUGACAAUUUCAGAGAACACUGUUUUGCUCUCUUGCAACUAUCAGCUCUUCCACGUAUUUCGCCUUCAGCAAUAGACUACAUGCAAAGCCAAAGCACACUUCUGGAAGACUUUCUUGGACAAUCUUUAAUGCUGGAAUAUGGAAAUGGAUCUGCUGAAAAUUCUGGGAUUGGGGAUGUUAGUAGUCAGGAGGAACUGAAAUUGUAUUAUCAGGCUCAAAAGCUUAUAAGUUUAUGCGGUUGGAAACUACGUCCUCUACCUUAUGUAGUUGAUUGGAAGGAUAUGUCAGAUCAGUCUCUUAAUAAUACAACUAAUCUAGUUGUCCAUUCUGCUGGAACCAAUGAACAUUUGAAAACAGAUGAAAGUUCCAAGGAUUCUAUCGGGGAACAAAUGGAUCCCAAUUCUGCAGUAUUAGAUUGCUCCCUAUGUGGAGCCACUAUUGGAUUGUGGGCAUUCUGUACAGUUCCGCGACCCGUGGAGUCAAUCAGAUUAGUUGGAUAUGCUGAAGUGAACGGUGAAAAUGCUGAUCUUGAAAAUAGGCAGGGUGUAAAUAAUACCAUGCCUGAUGUUGCAAAUUCAUCAAAGGAUACUUCUUCAAGUCUAAAUAUGACAAUUGCAGGGGGUCCUCCCCCAACAAAGCAAAACUUUAAAGCAAUAAUAUCUCUGCCUAUUAUUGGUCAGAAUUUAAGGGCUCGCCUUUCUUAUGAUUCUGAUUUUAGGGAUCAUGUUUUUGUUGACAGAGGUGGUAUUCAAUCAGAUUUACAGGAGAAAACUGAUAAUAUUGUUAAUGCUUUUAUUGGACAACUUGUUCCUGUGUCAUCUGAAAUCAGGGAGAUAUCAAAUUUUGAAACUGGCUCUCAAUCUAGUCUUCAUGAUUCAGAUGUUUUAGCGGGACAAUCAUCUGCUCUUAAGGAUAAGAUGCCUGUACACACAGAUGCUGAUAAAUUGAAUAGUUCAGCAGCAGGAUAUCCUAGUAGUUCUCAGAAAGACUCUACAGAAGGUGAAGCACCUUCGGUUUCACACAAGACUUUGGAUGGCCAAGUUGGUAGUCUUGAAAAUUAUGGGGUCAAAGACAGAGAAGAGAAUCCUAUUAGCAGGGACAAUGUACUUUAUAGUUUAGGGAAGUUGAAGAAUCCCCCAGUGUCCGAUAAAGCAAUGGAAUUUGAUCCAAUCAGGCAGCAUAGACAUUUCUGCCCCUGGAUUGCAUCAAUAAAUGAUGGGGAACCUGGGUGGAAGCAAACAUUAUCUGCUCUGUAUCAUCAGAAAAAUCAUUUGCCACAUUCGCCAAAUAGAUCUCCAUCAUCUAUGCCCAUUGUUAAGGUGGAUGAUCCUGUAGGUUCCAUUAGAAAGCUUUUCAUGUCUCCACCAACAAAAAGAUUAAAGUCCACUCAUAUUACAGGCCAAAAUACAUAACCUCUUGAACCCAGGGGAUAUGAUGGGUCCCUAAUCAAAGAACACUUCCCCUUCCUCCAGCUAGAUGUUGUGUAUACUGUCUUUUUUCGCGGCAUAUUAUUCUAUUUAAAAACCUUGUAAUUGUUGUAUCAAAGGUUUAAUUGCUUUUUUACUGAAGAUACAUGGGGUUCAAUCCUGCUCCUAACAAAAGCAAGUAAUUUGUUGCACCUUGAUACCUGUGAUUGACGAUUACUUUGCCAUCUGGAACCCAGCUGUAAUAUUUUUUUCCUCAUUUGUAAUACAAAUGGUAGACGUUACAUAGGGUCGAA